GUUUCUAUCCCUCCCUCUCUCUGUUUGUGUUUUCUCUCUCAAAAUAUCUCCAACGACCUCAUCAAUGAAUGUUUCACCCCGAAUAACCGGCAUUUAUGAUGAUGUCGUGUUCGCCAAAAGGGGGUGCUUAUAUUGGAUCCCUGGCUUGAGAUCAGACCACUCCUCCCGAAACAGAUCUUGGGAGCGGAUCCCGAGAGACCACCACGGAUGUGGAUUUCCGUGGUGGAACCGGAGCUGCAAGAAACUACGAAAGUGGUCCGAACGCAUAACGGGUCCGAAAUGGAAGACAUUCAUCCGCCGGUUCAAUAAGAAAAACAAAAGAUCAGGAUACAAGCAGUUUGGGAAGAAUAAGUUCAACAACUAUGACCUAGCAAGUUAUUCCCUCAACUUCGACGAAGGCCCAAGGCGGAGCAGUAAUUUGGACGAUGAGUACUACUUCUACAGGGGCUUCUCGUCUCGAUACGCGGCCAUCCCGGCGCCGGCGAAGUCGUCCAUGCCUUCCUUAAGCUUCACGUGA